AUGUUUGGCUUCUUAACUUCUCUUGUUUCUGGCUAUGAAGAGCUGAAAGGAGGAGCUCAAGUACCUAUGGAAACUCAGGUGUUGCGUAAAAUGAUGAGGCUAAUCUCUGCAGGAGAAAUUAAAAGUCUUAGAGUGCUUCCAAGGGCUGUGUUACUCUGUGAAGUGGCCUGUCAGAUGAAGUUCAGUUUACUGCCAGAAUUUCAGAGGCAGGAGAACAUGAAUUCCCAUCAAAAAAGCAUGCAGCUCUAUGACACACCCUAUGAACCAGGAGGCAGUGGUGUGGAAUCGGAUUCUGAAAGUGUGGUGAGUCAGCGUUUACGAGAAAGCAAGUUGCCACAGGAUGAUGACAGGCCCGCGGAUGAGUAUGAUCAGCCGUGGGAAUGGAGCAAAGUCACCAUCCCAGCCCUGACAGCCCAGUUUAAUGGAGGUGAGAAAUGGCAGGCAUCUCCUUCUCCCUCAAAUGACCGACGCAGGCAGUUACGAGCACCCGGAGGAAGCUUUAAACCCGUCAAACAUGGCAGUCCAGAAUUUUGUGGAAUCCUUGGAGAGAGAAUAGAUCCAACUAUUCCACUGGAAAGACAGAUAUGGUAUCAUGGAGCAAUCAGUCGGACAGAUGCAGAAAAUCUGUUACGUUUAUGUAAAGAGUGUAGCUACCUUGUAAGAAAUAGUCAAACAAGCAAGCACGACUAUUCUCUUUCACUGAAGUAAGUACCUGUCAAUAAAACAUAUAAAUGUAAUUUUUAAGCCAUAACUUUUGUGCUGCAAGAAGAGAAAAUGAGCCAGUCUGUUGCACCAGUUCAGUUCAGUAAAGCACCUAGAGGAUUCGAGACUGGCCUGCAUGAUGUAUAGUGAUAAUCCCUGAUUUGGGAUCUGAUAAGAGAUUUUCAGUCUUCCUUUGGGGCUCAUUUAACAAA